UAUAAUGUAUACAAUUAUUAAAAAAAAUUAAAACACUCUGGCAAAACAAAAUAGGGUGUACAAACAUACAAGUUUAAGUGGGUGUACUAUAUAUUUUUCCUAAAGUUAUAAUGUUUCCUUCUCAUGCUUUGUAUUUUUUAUCUCUUUCAGCUCAUUUCUUGAGCAGAGAGCAGAAGUGAGUGAGUGAGUGAGUCCCUCUCUCUCUUGUAUUAUUAUUUGGAACAAAAUAUACAGAGUAUCAUUGAUGUUAAACACUGUUCAAUACUUUUGCAUAGCUGGAUUUGGGUUUGUUUAAACAAUAUGAAAAAAAGAAUCAUGGAGAAGAGAGAAAGAGAAAGCAGCUUCCAUUAUAUGUGGUGGUCUCUGCAAGUUCUGAGAUGACUUCACGUGAAGUUAUGUCCGUGAGAGAGAGAGAGAGAGAGCGUAUUAGCAAUGCCCACAAAUCUUUUGUGUCUCCAGCUCAACCCCUCUUCCGCCAUUAAUGCACUUCAACAAAGCUUAGGUUCAAAUGGGUUUGGAUUACUUUUGGGUGAGGAAGAUUUUAGAUCUUGAAGUUGUUUUAGUCAUGGAAAGCGAUUGUACUAAUUCACCAAAAAAAAUUCACUCACAGAGGUAAAAAAAAAAAAAUUAAGAAGAGAGCAGAAACAGAAAUAUUAUGAUUUUUGCUUAUUUUGGUUAUUUUUUCCAUUCAUGGAAACAGAUAUAGAUUGAUUUUUGUUGAGAAUAUUCGAAGGGUUUUUUGUUAUUAUACUUGGUUUUGAUUUGAGAGAAAAAGAAGUCGUAAUGGUGGUUUUACAACAGUCGAGUUUGUUUGGGUUUUUGUUGUUGUUAUUGGUUUGUUUUGUACUGGUUCGAUCGGACGAUGGAGAAACGCUUAUGCGUUUGAAAUCAACGAUUGAUCCUUUAGAUUCACUCCCAUGGAGAGGGAGUACUGAGCAAGUUUGUCAAUGGAAAGGGGUAAAGGAAUGCAUGAAUGGAAGAGUCUCCAAGCUUGUUCUGGAAUAUCUCAACUUGACUGGGGUUUUGGACCAGAAGAUCUUAGACCGUUUGGAUCAACUUCGUGUUCUUAGCUUCAAAGGAAACUCCAUUAAUGGUCAAAUCCCCGAUCUCUCUGGUCUCGCUAAUCUCAAAUCCCUUUUUCUUAACCAGAAUAAUUUCUCCGGUGAUUUUCCGGCAUCUAUUUCUGGACUUCACAGGUUAAAGGUCGUUGUACUCGCUGACAAUCAAAUCUCCGGUAAAAUACCGGCGACUCUGCUCAAUCUUCGACGACUUUACUUUCUCGAUUUGCGGAAUAAUUUAUUGACAGGUGAGAUUCCUCCUUUCAACCAGACCAGUCUCAGAUUCUUCAAUGUUUCGAAUAACAAACUCUCUGGAGCUAUUCCUGUAACUUCGUCACUCGUACGAUUCAACUCCUCGUCAUUCUCCGGCAAUGUCGAUCUCUGCGGUGUUCAGAUUCAGAAUCCAUGCGGGAACGAGGUUAGUCUCAGUCCUUCCAUAAGUCCAUUUUCGCCAUUGAUUCCCAGCUCGAGAAAGUCUUCUUCGAAACGGACAAGACUAAUCAAGAUUAUCGCCGGAACCGCCGGUGGCGCCGCGAUUCUCCUUAUCUGUGUGCUUCUUCUUUGGAUGGUUUGCCGGAGUCGAAAUCGCCGGAAAGAUUCUUCCGACGAGGCGAAGAACAAAGGAGUGGUAGUAGCAGCAGCAGCAGCAGUAGAAGGAGGAGGAGGAGGAGGAGAGGACGAGGGCGGUAACAAUGGCGGUGGUCGGAGAGGUAACAACAAUGGUGGAAAACAAGGGUUUUCGUGGGAAGGUGAGGGUCUAGGGAGUCUGGUGUUCUGCGGCGCAGGGGAUCAGCAAAUGAAUUACAGCUUAGAAGAUUUACUAAAGGCUUCGGCUGAGACUUUGGGUAGGGGUAGUAUCGGAAGUACGUAUAAAGCUGUUAUGGAAUCUGGGUUUAUAGUUACUGUGAAAAGACUAAAAGAUGCCAAAUACCCUAGACUAGAUGAGUUCAGGAGACAGAUGGAAGUUAUUGGUAGGCUGAGGCAUCCUAACUUGGUCCCACUUAGGGCUUAUUUCCAGGCUAGGGAGGAACGCUUGCUCGUAUACGAUUAUUUCCCAAACGGAAGCCUAUUCUCUCUAAUUCAUGGUUCAAGAACCUCAGGAGGUGGAAAGCCUCUUCACUGGACAUCAUGCCUUAAAAUAGCAGAAGACUUAGGAAGUGGUUUGCUGUAUAUUCACCAGAGCUCUGGCCUAACUCAUGGAAACCUGAAAUCCUCCAAUGUAUUGUUAGGUUCAGAUUUCGAGUCCUGCCUAACAGAUUAUGGCCUUACUUCAUUCCGAGACCCCGAUUCACUCGAAGAGCCCAGUGCAACUUCUCUCUUUUACAGAGCUCCUGAAUGCCGUGACAUUAGAAGACCUUCCACUCAACCAGCUGAUGUGUACAGCUUUGGUGUACUCCUCUUGGAACUCCUAACCGGAAAAACUCCCUUCCAAGACCUUGUACAAGAGCAUGGCUCAGAUAUUCCUAGGUGGGUUCGAUCAGUUCGCGAAGAAGAGACUGAAUCCGGUGAUGAUCCUGCCUCAGGCAAUGAAACAUCAGAGGAGAAACUUCUAGCCCUCUUGAACAUUUCAAUGGCUUGUGUCUCGCUUGUACCCGAGAACCGGCCUACAAUGAGAGAAGUUCUUAAGAUGAUUAGAGAUGCAAGAGCUGAGGCUCAGUUAUCAUCAAACAGUAGUGACCAUUCUCCAGGGAGAUGGUCAGACACUGUUCAAAGCUUGCCAAGAGAAGAACAUUUAAGCAUAUGAGUGGUUUACUUUAAAUUUAUGGUUUUUUCUUUUUCCUUAAAAUUUAAUUUUCGAUUGGAUUGAUGCAUGAUUCUUCUCUUAGGUACUGUAGAGUUCACUUGUGUAAAGUUUUCAAGAUUCAUUUUUAGUUCUUGUGUUAGCCAGCUAGUUGAUUUAUACUUUUUUUAAGAAGAGAAAAGAAGAAAAAAAAAGGGUGCUCAGGUAACAAGUAUGGUGUUGGAAACUAGACAACAUUUGAUGAAUUGAUGUACUGUACGUAGAUUCUGAUCUGACUAUGUUAAAAGCAAGGUUUUGAAGAACAUACUUUGGAGUUGUUUCACUCAUAAAA